GUCGACACUGCAAAAGUGAUCCCCACAAUUAACCGAGAGUUGGUCUGACCGACCAGGAUAUAAGAGGACGUCAUCCAUGGCAAGUGAGGAUAAGAUGUCCUACCAUAAUAUCGAUGGACCCCAAUGGCUGGUGGUUUCUGAGCUGAAGCACAUCAGCGGUGAGCUGAACCGCACCAACAAUUAUCUGGACAGCAACAAAUGGUACAGUAGCAGAGAAGGCCAGAUCCGAGUGCUGAUCACCCCUACCCUGUUCUCACUGAGAGAUGUGGACACUGUCAAACAAGAGUUCUCGGCUGAACUCUGGUAUGAAAUUUUCUACAAGGACCCAAACCUCAUUGGGGUCAAAAAAAGAGAGGAUGUAGACUGGGACAAGACGUGGGACCCGCGGAUCGUGCUGAGGAACACGACGACAUUUGAGACCGAGACCAGACGGAACCUGAUCCCGGUAGUCGGGGAGGACUUGCCCAUCGUGCACCAAUUCAGGAAGGUUUGGGCAACCUUCAAGACUAAGAUGAAUCUCACCGACUUCCCCUUUGACCACCAGAGAUUGACUGUCGAACUGAUGUCAGGAUGGCCACUCAAGGAGGUGGAGCUGAGAAAGAACUACGGGUCCAAUGACACCAUUGAUAAAGAAAACUUUGCAGAUGAAUACCAGUGGGACGUGAGUAAGUAUCUAGAGUGCGAACCCGGCACCAAAACUAACAGUCAGUCCACAACCUUCGGCGAGUACCCCGUGUACAACAUCACUGCGCAUGUGCAACGAAAGGCAGCUUUCUACUUAUGGAACACCGCUCUCAUCUUGUUCCCCAUCAUGGCCGUCUCCUUUGUGGUGUUCUCCAUCCCGAUAGAGGAUAACAAAACCCGCCUUACCAUCACCUUCACUAUCCUGCUCACCGCCGUGGCCUACAAGCUGGUGGUGUGCCAGUAUCUUCCUACUGUCCCCUAUCUGACGUUGCUGGACAAGUACGUGCUGGGAUGGAUCGUGUUCCAGUGCGCCGUGGCGGUACAGAACGCUGUGGUCUCGUGUAUCAGGUACAAGGACAGCGCCAGGCGGUUUGACGAAUUCUGUGCGGCCGUGUUUGGGGCUGUGGUCGUCUUGGCACACCUGUGCUUUGGGAUCUUCAUAAUGGGAAAGAGGCCAACUCUGAGACCAGACUGUAAGGUUUAA